AUGCAGCUGCUUUCCGGAUUAGUGAAAACAACCGUACCAAACUAUCUGUCGGGUUUGCCAAUCCCGGACAGUUUCGGCGGAUGGUUCCGGCUGGGCUUUAAGGAUUGGCUUUCGUUGAUUCCACCGACGGCAGCCAUGGCCGGAGUCGUUUAUAUGUCAUAUUUGGCCUUCUGCCCGGAAGCUCGUCCGAAGCCGUCAAAGAAGGCAAAUAGCAAGAUUCGGCUGGAAGAACCCAAAGUCGUGGACAUGAUCGAUAUUGAAGACAUUGCCGAGAAAGCCGCUUUUUGCCGAUGCUGGAAAUCCAACAAUUGGCCGUACUGCGAUGGAUCACAUGGUGCUCACAAUAAGGAGUGCGGCGACAACCUCGGCCCGGUUGUCGUUCAGCGAAAGAAGAACUAA